CAAAUCCCAUUAAUUUCCUUCUCUCUCCAAGUCAACUAAAGAAAUCAAAUCAAUACAAAACCCACUACUACACAGAGAAACGCCUAAAACCUCCACUCACCAUGACGACGGCACCUUCUCCAUCGCCGGAAAACCACAGCCACUCUAUCAAAUUACUAUCUCCGUCGCCGUCGCCGUCCACCGCCUUUCUCUCAUCGAAUUCUUCACCACAAACGCCAUCAAAAUUACCGAUCGAUUUCAGUCCACCGUUAGUCGCCAUGGUCGUAGUAAUCGCUGCCGCCUUCGUUAUCGUCACAUAUUCCCGUCUAAUAUCAAGUUAUCUCAUCCGCGUUCACCGCAGAUGGCGUCGGUGGAGACGUAGACGACGGUUAUUCCGUUCAUACGUUCCUUCUUCAGCCGGCGAUAUUGAAUCGCCGCCGUAUAACGGUUCAUCGUUCGACCUAAGCGACGCGUUUCCUUACGGACUUGAAGAAUCAGUUAUUAAAACAAUUCCUCUAUCUGUUUACACAAGGAAGAGUAAUUUACACGAUUGCGCAGUUUGCCUUCUCGAAUUUGAAGAAAACGAUUACGUUCGUACAUUACCGGUUUGUUAUCACGCGUUUCAUGUUGAUUGUAUUGACGUUUGGCUUAGAUCGCACGCGAAUUGUCCACUUUGUCGCGCUUUGAUUUUUCGACCUCCUUCUCCGUUUGUUCCUCUUAUGGCUGCUAGAAUUAGACCUAGUUUUGAUGAAGUUAUGAUGAUUGAGAGCGCAAUUCUUGAACCGCUUGAAGAAUUGCCAAAUCAAUCGGAGGAGAUUACUGAAGAAUUACCAAAUCAAUCGGAGGAUCGAUUCAACGGUAGAGAUAUCUUGUUAAAGAGAUCUUACUCAUUCGGAUUCGAACGAAAUCUAGGAUCGGAGAGACUGACCAUGGAUCCAUCAACAUCAACCGCAUCUCCAUGGAGAUACAGACGAACCAGCGGCGGUUUUUGGAGCAAAAGAACAUCGCCUUUCACAUCAUUAACUAAACCUAGGGUUUUCUCAUUUCGUUAUUACAGAGGAAUGAAAUCUCCAUUUGUAAGACGAAGAAGCGGUGGAUUUUUUCCGGUAUCGGAAUCAAGCGCGAGAUACGGCGGUGGUGGAUCUUCUCGACGGAGUAAAUCGAUGGCGAGUCCGAUGUUUAUGAGAUCAUCUGGAGGAAAUCUGUUCUUUUCAUCGAGUAGAUUGAGAACAGGGGAUCCUGAAGCUUUGUUAUCGCCUGAAAGAUACAAUGGACGGCGGUAACAGUUUGCCGGUGAAGGACAAGAAGGGCAUUAAUGGAGGUCGCUUGCAUGAAUUAAUUGAGCAGAGCGACUUUUAAGGCAAGCAUUAAUGGGAUUUGUGAGUGUAUUGGGUUUUGGGAAAGAAACAUUAAUGAUAGAUGGACGGAGAGAGAGAAAGAAGAAGAAAGAUAGAACCUUUAGAAGAGAGAGAGAGAGAGUAGAGAUUUCUUCUGCAUCAUCUUCAUCUUCUCUACUGUCUCUUUUUCAUUUACACAGAGGGGUUUGUUUUGAAAUUGGGUUUCAGAAAUUUUACCAGUUUUUUUUGCCGAUUUUUAUUUAUGGAAAUUGUUUUUUAUUUCUAUUAUUAUAUUAGUUAAAUAUAAAAGUUUAAAUUUAUUAAAUUGGGAAUUAGGUCAGAUAUUCAAUCAAUCAAAUGAUUUUAAUGCAUUGGUUAAUAAUGGUAGGUAUUCAGAAUUAAUGCUGUCAAGUGUAGGAAAUAUCGUACAUUUUUCUUUAAUGUCUAUCAGCUUUUUAUU